ACAGGGUUAGCCACUUGUGUCAGCAAGGCUCCAGCAGUAACCAUUGUCGUGAGAGAUGUCUCCCCUUCGGAAGGGGGUAGCUUCCUCUGGUCGUCUACUCAGAGGCAACAAGAUGCUGGUUUUACAGAGAGCUCACAUUUACAGCAAGCCUCCCAAAGACAAGAUUGGUCCUGCUCAGACUCUGUUCACAAUAUCAGUCUUUGCCGUGACGCUGCUCACCCCUGCUGGCUGGAUCCUGCACCAUCUUCCAGAGUACCGCAAGAGGUGAUGGUGGGAGUCCUUCAGCAACCCACCUAGGAGGAUGCGUUCAUCUGAAAUGCCAUGUCAUGGAAAUGCAUGAACGCGUAUGAGUGUUUGUAACAUGUCACCUCUUUGUCUUUGAACAAUAAAUGAUAAUACAAUAACCAAAGCAAAUGAAA